GAGGAAAAAGUAAAUAAGAAAUAUACCAUCGGAAAAAUCAAUAAAAUAGAAGAAAAACGAAUCAAGAGGUAAAGGGGUGGGAAUAGAUAGAAAAAGCUAUAUAGUUUUAAAGUCUCGCGGAUAAAACCGGAUUAUUUUCCCAUUUUAUUCGCGGGUUUCUUCGCCGGGUUUCCCAAAAUGAAAACAUUUCUCUACCGGGGAUAUGAAAAUUCGUGUUUAGAAAAAUUCGGUGUUCCGUGUGUUCAGUUAAAACUUCGUCGUCGUUCACUUUUCUCCGUAAGGAAGAAACCGAAGAAAAAAAUGGGGAAACAUGAAUUUAAAGCUUCAAACAACUUUAAAGCUGUAGAAAGUUUUAUUCACUGUGCGCUCUGGGAAACCAUCCCCUCGAGCGCAAUUAUAGAAAACAUACAGAUAUAAUAGUAAUAAUAAUUAAAUAAUUAGACAAAUUCAGCGCGAGUGUACAAGGUAAAAGAAUGUAAGAGCAAGAGAGAGAGGGAGACUUGUUGCUUCGAAAUCGAAUGAUUCUCCUCCUCUCUCUUCGGAUCGAGCCCGCUUGAGGGAAGGCAUGGGGCACAUUGUGUUUCAAUUUCAAACAAAGAUAGGCGCGCGCGAAGGCGUAUAUUGUGCUGACGUCCGAUGGCUGCGAAAUGUUCCCACCUAUUCCGAGACUCGUCAUCUCUCAUCCCGCUCGUGUGCGAACAGUUGAUUCGUCUCCGCCGGUCUUCUCUUGGCUCGCCAAUGUCGGACGAAAUUGCAUAUCGCGGAAUUGUGCCGCGCGUUACAUAUUCAUCGCUUCAUUAAUACACCGCGCGUGAUAGGUACGCUAUCGGCGUCUGCGCUUCAGGAAUGUACAACGACAUUGCGAUGAUACGAGCGCUCGUUUCGAAGAUAUUAUGCGCGCGAGUAUCUCACCUCAAAGUAGCCCUUAAACUUUCCCGCACCUCCUAAUCUGGAUAAUUCGACGUUAUCUCGAACUCGAGACGCGUUGUCGUUGUUGUUCGAUGGGAUAUCUAUUUAGCACGACUUUGAUCGCGAGUUUAACGAAACCGGCACGUUGCAUCUCGAUUUCAUAUUCCCGUAUAUUCGCCGAGCAAAUGUAUUUUCCGGGUCUCAACGGGCGGUUAGCGUUCGCUAUCGCGGCGGCCGCUCUCGGCUCGUCGUUCCAACAUGGGUACAACACCGGUGUGGUUAAUGCUCCUCAGCAGCUUAUCGAGGACUGGAUCAGCGAGCUGAAGGCGAAUCGCACGAACGUCCCGACCAGUCAGUCGGAGGUCACGCUGAUCUGGUCGGUGGCCGUGUCGAUAUUCUGCGUCGGCGGCAUGAUAGGCGGCUCGCUGGUCGGCUGGGUGGCGGAUCGCUUUGGCCGGAAGGGUGGCCUGAUGCUGAACAACGUGCUGGUGCUGUUGACCGUGGUCUUCGAGGGUAGCGCCAAGGCGGCGAAGAGCUACGAGAUGAUAAUCUUCGGCAGGUUCCUGAUCGGUAUAAACUCCGGUCUGAACGCCGGUCUGGCGCCGAUGUACUUAGCUGAGAUAUCGCCGGUGCACCUGAGAGGCGCCGUCGGCACCGUCUAUCAAUUGGUCAUCACCAUCUCCAUCCUGGUGUCGCAGAUCCUCGGCCUGGAGCAGAUACUCGGCACCGUCGAGCAAUGGCCCUUGCUGCUCUGCCUGACGAUCGUGCCGGCGAUCUUCCAGGUGUGCACCCUGCCGCUCUGCCCUGAGAGUCCCAAGUACCUGUUGCUCAGCCGCGGCAAGGACAUGGACGCGCAAAGAGCGUUGACUUGGUUGCGCGGCACGAUCGAGGUUCACGACGAGAUGGAGGAGAUGCGCGCCGAAUACGAGUCGAUGAAGCUGAUACCGAAGGUCACGCUGCGCGAGCUGUUCGUGAAUCCGGCGCUGCGUAUCCCAUUGUUCAUCUCCAUCAUGAUCAUGUUCGCCCAACAGCUGUCCGGCAUCAACGCCGUCAUGUUCUUCUCGACGAAGAUCUUCACGAUGGCGCAGCUCGACAAGAACGCCGCCCAAAACGCCACGAUGGGCGUCGGCGCGAUGAAUGUCCUCAUGACCAUCGUUUCCCUGGUGCUGGUCGAGAAGGCGGGCAGGAAAACGCUGCUUCUCGUUGGCUUCGGCGGCAUGUUCCUGGAUACCGCUCUGCUCACCAUCUGCCUGAUAUUCGCUGAAACAUCGCGAGUAGCGGCGUACUUCUCGAUUGUGCUCGUCAUCAUGUUUGUGGUGCUCUUCGCCACCGGCCCGGGAAGCAUCCCGUGGUUCCUGGUGUCUGAACUCUUCAAUCAAUCCGCCCGGCCGCCCGCCACUUCGGUCGCCAUCGCCGUGAACUGGACCGCGAAUUUCAUCGUUAGCAUCGGCUUCCUGCCGCUGCAGGACGCGAUAGGCGCUUAUGUAUUCAUCAUCUUCGCGAUACUGCAGGCGUUCUUCACGAUUUUCAUAUACAAGAAAGUGCCGGAAACGAAAAACAAGACUAUGGAGGAGAUCAGCAGUAUGUUCAGGCAAAUAUCGUACCAAUGAAGGGAGUAGCAGCGAGCGCAAAAACGGGAUCUCCGAGAGACGAAAUCUGCAUCGGCACUACAUAAGUGCGUUUCUUUAUCUAUCUUUGUCUCUUUCUCUCUCUCUCUCUCUCUCUUUGUCUCUCUUUGCGCUCCUCCGGCGAGGAGCUCAGCAGCUCAGCAAAAAUGGCGUCAUUGUAAGCGGUCUAUCAAGCGCGCUUCCACGCAUUUCGAUCGGAGUUCACCGGAUGGGUGAACGUGAACGUACCCGACGCCGAACAGUGCCAACUGGAAAUUCGUAAAUUUUAACUCUUCACUUCACCGAGAGGAAUUUGUAGCGUUUUACCUUUUCUCAUUCUUUCGAUCUGAAGGAUUCAAACGAGACUCACAAGAGCGAGUCGUCAGCGUCGGAUCGCGCAAACUUAAUCCACUUAGUUCCUAUUGCAUCCAGUGCGAGGGGAGAGAGGUUGCUAUCGUGGGAAAGCAGAAAUCGAGCAGAAGAAGCGAUUCGUCCGCCGAACCAUAUACCGUUCCUUACGUUGCGGGGGGACGAUGCGCCGCGAUUGUAUUGGUACGAAGAAUUACAAGUCUAGUCAUGCGAGAACACAGUGUGCGCCGGAUGAUCGAGUCGAGAGUAAUUUUACGCGCAUUUUGGCUGGAUACCACUUCAUAUCGAACCAUACCCCGUCGACAAUAUCUAACAUCGCUUAACACCGGGUGGCGAAUUUUUACGCGCACCGUAUCCCGGAGAAAUCGGCUCGCACAAUGUGAACGUACGAGCGAACGGAAUUUUCAUUUUUUUCCUUGAAAAGCGCGUGAGAAGCGUCUUCGCGUUGCAAUUAUCGAACAAUCGCGUCGCGCAUUACACACGGGGGAGAGGUAAGAGCAACCGUUGUUGUUCGGAAAACAAAACAGAAGAGAGAUCUUGUCUCGCGAGAGAAGGGAGCGUUUCAGCUUUUCCUUUUUUACGGGAUAAUUUUUGAAAAGGAGGGAGAAUUUGGAAAAACGUUUUUUUAUGGCGCCGAGGCGCGGAAAUUUUAUUCGAAAACGAAAAACGAAGGAGGACUUUUAGCAUAAUUGUACAUACAAAAAAACAGUGUAAAGACUAGUUACCGUGUAUAGCAUAGAGAAUAAUUAUACAUAUAUACAAAAUAUAUAUAUAUAUAUAUUUAUGUAUGCAUGUAGUUAAAAUUAAUGUUUAAGAGGGUUAUAUAUCGAUGUUGUCAUAUUUUUAAAAUAUCUAGACUAAUUUUAAUGAUAAAAAACAUACAUACAUACACACGUUACGCUGAACGCAACAACUCAAGAACCUACGCUGGUUGUUCAUCGCGUAAAUUGCAGAUAUGAACGUGAAUUUCUUUCUCUUUCGUUACGCUCCGUCUGUCCGUGCAGCCUCGAAGGAUACUCAUUUAUAAUAACCGUUGUGAUAAUUAACGCUCUGACAGAUUUAUCGUAAACGGCAAGAGGCCGAGUUUGCCCGAUGAACGUAUUUUAAAAUCAAUCGUUCGUUGAUUUCCCAUUUGGUUCGUGGUUUAAAAGAGAGAGAGGAAAAAUAUCAGGUGAUCAAGAUGAAUUGAAUUUAAAGAUCGCUAUGUGUACAUUGUUGAGUCUGUAUAAAUGAAACAAAUAUACUGUGUACCCGAAAUGUAUUAAUCGGUUAUUAAUACUCUACUUGUCGCAAAACUGUAAAUAAUAAUGCAGAGGUCUCACAUUCUUAGCUGACCAUUGCUCUAAUUAUCAUUAUAAGUUUUUGCAACGCGGUUUUAGCAUUUAGUUUUAGUCAAUUUUUUUAUAAAUAAAUCCGUGAACUGAUUCUUUGUAGUACUAAUCUACAUCGAUGUCGAUCGCGAGAAAUAACGCGGUGAGUUUACUUCGUAAGUCCAUUCAUUUGUACAUCAGAUGCCGCUCAUUACUCGAGUUGUUGAAUUAUACAAAAAUUGAUAACAAAAUUCGAUUAACUUGCUUAAUCUGUCCCCCUACGAAUUGUGUCGUUGAGUGUUACAAAAAUGUUACAAUGUGUUACGAUUUUUAAUGAUAUUUGAUGCUGAUAUAUAUUGUCUGAAUAAAAUGAUUGGAAUUUCGAGUAUAA